UUUUUUUCUUCACAAACUAAAAAAUAAAACCUAGCUAACCAACCGUUUUUCUUACCGUUAUAGUGUGUCUCUUUGUCUCUCUGUGUAUAAAUAUACAGAUUUUGGCGCCAAAAAGAAAGCAAAGAAACAUGCUCGAAGCGAAGAGCUUGAGAAAGGCGGUGGUUCCAUCCACUCUUAUCCCCAAUCCAUCUCCCGCUAAUCUCCAAUCCUCUCGUCUCGCCCUCCAUGUCUCCCAUGACGUUUCCUCAUGUUUCGUUUACAUCGCUUCCGAUUGCCAUAUUUACAAGCUCCAGAUUCCACUGGACGAUUCUUUGCUCAGUAAAGGAAAAGAAAGCCUUCUUAUUCCUAUAUACACCGAGGUUACGAACUCUUCGUUGGUUAAUCGCUGCCCACAUCGUUCAGAAAUUCAGAGUAUAGUGCUUGCAGAAAGUGAGAGCACUGGAUAUUUACUUUUGGGAAGUGUGGAUUCCCAUGGGGACCUCAUUGUGUCUAAAUUAGAUGUUAAUGGUGAAGAUGUUGAUAGGCUAACAUACACAGUAUCACCUCGUGAUUGUGGUAUAAGAGAGAGUAGUUGGGCUGGGCUGUGCUUUAGUCCAAACCAACUGUCUAUGGCAGCUGUGGCACGUGGCUUUUGUAAAACUGUUGAUGUUUAUGAUCAGGACAUCCAUGUCCGAACUUUUCGUACGCUAUUGUAUCCAUCAGCCGUGAGCUUCAUGCAUAAUUCUUGUAAUGCGAGUGGAAGUAAUAUUUUAGCUGUUGCUGAAGGUUGCCAGCUGACAUUAUGGGACUUGAGAAUGAAAGCAAAUGGCGGUUGCCUGCAAAGGAUUUGUGGCUCUGUUGGUGAUAUAUAUUAUGCUCUCAGCAGUUCUUCAACUGGUAACAUUGCAAUCGGUGGAGCUGACCGUACUGUGACUAUCUACGAUCCUCGCAAAUGGUCAGCAUUAUCUAGAUGGGUUCAUUGCUCAAAAUAUGAGAUAACUGGACUUGCUUUCUCUUCAAAUGAUCCUGACUACAUCUAUAUACAAGGAGUUGAUUAUGAGGUACUUUGUGGUGAUUGGAAAACAAACAAUAAGAUAUUCUCAUUUAGAGGAGACUCAAACUGGCUUGGUUUUAGCAAGUGCCACAACAGAGAUGUUCUGGGUGGUUGGUGCGAUUCGGGGAGCAUUUUUGUGGCUGAUGUUGUAGCGAAACAGAGCGAGAUAGAUGAAGGUUUUGUCAAUUGAUCCUCCUUUUAAUCUACUCUAGUAAUCUCCUUUAGUGUUAAAUUUACAUUUUGUGCUCUUUCACGUGACAAUUUUACUUAACCAAAUCUUCUACACAUCAUCAACAAGUUGUCAUUUGUAGAUUUCAUUCCCAAAUCAAACUAUCAGGAACGAAAUCAUACAUUAGAUUUUUACCUAGAACUAAUUGACUGUUAGCCAUUAUUUAUUUUGAAACUAGGAUCCCUCUCUAGCCAACCCUACAAAACCCUACAACUGUUAACCUUUAUAACCCACACAGGAGUUAUCAAAUUCAAAAGCCAUUUUCUUAUUACAGGCAGGCAUUAUUUGUUGUCAGUUUGAUGAACAAACCCAUCUGACUAUAAAUCUUUCUAAGUGGACCAUUUUCGUAUUUGAGCCACUACUACUUGGGUAAUGGGUUGGGUCCAUGUUAUGGGCUGUUUUUGAGCUAAACUUGAUGUUUUAAACUCCUGUCAGUGCUUCCAUUUUUACUCCUAUUCUAACUGAGGAGAUUGUAGGAUAAGAUUUCAUUGACAACAAGACAUUUUUUUUUUUCUGAAGAUGCCCAAACAGUGUAUGCUCUAUUCUAUUAUGAAAUUAUUUUUUGGUGCACUUUUACCACCGCAUUAGGGACCAUAUAUUUAACUCUUGUGGUCCUUACCUUAUCAUAGUGUUUCAAUGUUUAAUAAUAGGUCAAUAGUCAAAGGGGCUCAGGGUAUAUUUGUUCGGGAAAAUUUGUAGUAAAUCUCGAGCUGUUUUGGUAGACUCUAUCAUC